CUGACAAGCCCGAAAGUCAUUUCCAAUCUCAAGUGGACUUUGUUCCAACUAUUGGGGGCGUCGCUCCCCCUCUUCAUGAUCGCGGGCAAACUUCCUCCUCGGCGCCGCUUCUAAUGGAGCCCCACCUGCUCGGGCCGCUCUUCGGCCUCCUGCUCUCUGGCACCAGGGUCCUCGCCGGCUACCCAAUUUGGUGGUCCCUGGCCCUGGGCCAGCAGUAUACAUCUUUGGGCUCACAGCCCCUGCUCUGCGGCUCCAUCCCAGGCCUGGUCCCCAAGCAGCUACGUUUCUGCCGCAAUUACAUCGAAAUCAUGCCCAGCGUGGCCGAGGGCGUGAAGCUGGGCAUCCAGGAGUGCCAGCACCAGUUCCGGGGCCGCCGCUGGAACUGCACCACCAUAGACGACAGCCUGGCCAUCUUUGGGCCCGUCCUUGACAAAGCCACGCGCGAGUCGGCCUUCGUGCACGCCAUCGCCUCGGCCGGCGUGGCCUUCGCGGUCACACGCUCCUGCGCCGAGGGCACCUCCACCAUCUGUGGCUGUGACUCCCAUCAUAAGGGGCCGCCGGGCGAAGGCUGGAAGUGGGGCGGCUGCAGCGAGGACGCUGACUUCGGGGUGCUUGUGUCCCGGGAGUUCGCGGAUGCGCGUGAGAACAGACCAGACGCGCGCUCGGCCAUGAACAAGCACAACAACGAGGCUGGCCGCACGACCAUCCUGGAUCACAUGCACCUCAAAUGCAAGUGCCACGGGCUGUCGGGCAGCUGCGAGGUGAAGACCUGCUGGUGGGCGCAGCCCGACUUCCGCGCCAUCGGCGACUUCCUCAAGGACAAGUACGACAGCGCCUCGGAGAUGGUGGUGGAGAAGCACCGGGAGUCCCGCGGCUGGGUGGAGACGCUGCGGGCCAAGUACGCGCUCUUCAAGCCGCCCACCGAGCGGGACCUGGUCUACUACGAGAACUCCCCCAACUUCUGCGAGCCCAACCCGGAGACGGGCUCCUUCGGCACCAGGGACCGGACUUGCAAUGUCACCUCCCACGGCAUCGACGGCUGUGACCUGCUGUGCUGCGGCCGCGGCCACAACACGAGGACGGAGAAGCGGAAGGAGAAGUGCCACUGCGUCUUCCACUGGUGCUGCUACGUGAGCUGCCAGGAGUGCGUCCGCAUUUACGACGUGCACACCUGCAAGUAGGGAGCCAGGGCUCUGGGAACAGGUGAAGUGUGUGGCCAGGCAGACUCACCGAAGCCCUGCAGGAAGCAGGACCCAGAGCCGGGCUCGGCCCUCGGCAGCCGACAGCCAGGAACCGGACUGUUGCCAGAUGCACGUGUGGUAAAUGACCUGGACCCAAGCGCCCGCUGACCGGCAGGCUCCCGCCCUCUCUCUCAUCUUCCGUUUCUCACCCUACUCUGGAUGGUGUGUGGUGUAUAAAGAAGGGGCUCUCUUUUUAGUUCUCUAGGGUCUGGUAGGAACAGACCCGAGGCUUAUCUUUGCACAUGUUAAAGAAAAUAAAAGUGGAAAAAAAUCUGCUCCAGCAGAGCAGGCUGGGCUGAUGUGAGCUCUCUGCCCGGUGGGAAGAGUCAGGCUGGCAGGUUCUGGUUGCAAGCCGCCUCUUCUGGGGACGCUCCAGGAUGCCGUGUGGUGGGAGUGAGGAAGUGGGACAGGCCCUGCCGUCUCCUCGUCUGUCCACUCCACGCGAGCCUGAUCCGCUUCACGUUCUGAGAAAAGCCAUAGGUCUAGUUAGGAUGGAGUGGCAGGGAGGCCCGAAGCGAGUGUCCGAGCAGCAGGACUGAGUUCUAGGGGACCCGGGAAGCUGUCUGAAGAGCAGCCGAGUGUUCUUCUCAGUCUCGUUUUCUCUGUGACCCUGUCCUAACACGAGAGGCUCUUGUGACCUGCAGUUGGCUCGCAAAACCUUCCUCUGGCAUGCUGCAUUGCCCGCCAUUAACUUGGCGAAUUUUCUGGUAGUGGCUGUUGUAAAUAGGUUAGGUAUGGGGGGCAGGGUGUGAGCCUUCCCUGGCCCCAGGGGCUGCCUGAAGAAAGAAGUGCUAUCUUCGGAAGGGAACUUUUAUUCCCCCCCAGCCCUGCUACCUGCAGAUUCUUCACAAAGAUAGCUCCAGGUAGAGCAGGGUGGCCCCAGGUGACCUUAGUCAGUGAGCACGACCUGGUCCUGAAUCUUAUGGACUGCUGGAGGGAGGCCAAACAUGACGCUCCCUUUCCUCUCCUGUAAGGACACCCUUCCUGCAUCCUUUUUCUCUGCUCUGUGAGAGAUGUUUAACACAGACCUCCCGGCCUCCCUGGAUGCUGAGAGGGCAUCGCCCAAGCAGGUGCCAGCGCCAGGACUAGGCCCCGAAAGGCAGGCAAGCGCGUCUCUGCUCCCUGGGGGAACUCUCAGAGCUGUUCUCCUCACGCCUCACCGGUUCUCUAGAGGGUCCUAGAUGAAGCCGGUGAAAUGGAAGCAAACGGACCUGACAGUAUUGAUCACCCAACAGCUCUGGCUUCAGGAGAAUCAUCAGAAAGAAGAGACCGGCCAGGGGCACAACAGGACAGAGGUCUCUGCUUGUCUCUCCCUGGCCUAAGACACACCAGGUCAAGCGAUCUUCUGCCUGGCUUGCCAAGACGAGGGUCUGGAGGCCAGCCGCCCCUCCCUGCCUCACCAUAGACUGAGAAGUUUUCCAUCCUGUCAACCGCAUAAUGCUUGCUUUAUGUGAGAAUUAUUUCAGCAAAACGGAUACAAAUUUUUCAAACAGUCUUUUCAUAUCUAUGUAUUCUAUAUUAAACGUGCUAAAGUCAUGUUUCUGGGGCGUAUUCAAGUAGCUGACAAGUAAUUAUUUAAUAAUAGUACGUUGAGUGCAUUGUAAUUAUUGCUGUAGUCAGGUAAUAGUAUCCAACAGAAAUUUCCUACCAACCUGCUGUAUCCAAAGUUUUGUAAAAAGUUG